GGCGGAGAGCGCGCAAGGGUUGGCGGGACUGCGAGUUUCCGGUCUGGGCUUUGGCGGGUCUGGUUUGAAGCUCUCCUGUUUGACGAAAGUAUGUCUCAGGAAGGUGCGGUCCCAGCUAGCGCGGUUCCCCUGGAAGAAUUAAGUAGCUGGCCAGAGGAGCUAUGCCGCCGGGAACUGCCGUCCGUCCUGCCCCGACUCCUCUCAUUGUCUCAACAUUCUGACAGUUGGAUUGAGCAUAUUCAAAUUUUGAAAAUUAUUGUAGAAAUGUUUUUACCUCAUAUGAACCACCUGACACUGGAACAGACUUUCUUUUCACAAGUGUUACCAAAGACUGUGAAAUUAUUUGAUGACAUGAUGUAUGAAUUAACCAGUGAAGCCAGAGGACUGUCAAGCCAAAAUUUGGAAAUCCAGACCACUCUAAGGAAUAUUUUACAAACAAUGGUGCAGCUCUUAGGAGCUCUUACAGGAUGUGUUCAGCAUGUCUGUGCCACACAGGAAUCCAUCAUUUUGGAAAAUAUUCAGAGUCUCCCCUCCUCAGUCCUUCAUAUAAUUAAAAGCACAUUUGUGCAUUGUAAGAAUAGUGAAUCUGUGUAUUCUGGGUGUUUACACCUAGUUUCAGACCUUCUCCAGGCUCUUUUCAAGGAGGCCUAUUCUCUUCAAAAGCAGUUAAUGGAACUGCUGGACAUGGUUUGCAUGGACCCUUUAGUAGAUGACAAUGAUGAUAUUUUGAAUAUGGUAAUAGUUAUUCAUUCUUUAUUGGAUAUCUGCUCUGUUAUUUCCAGUAUGGACCAUGCAUUUCAUGCCAAUACUUGGAAGUUUAUAAUUAAGCAGAGCCUUAAGCACCAGUCCAUAAUAAAAAGCCAGUUGAAACACAAAGAUAUAAUUACUAGCUUGUGUGAAGACAUUCUUUUCUCCUUCCAUUCUUGUUUACAGUUAGCUGAGCAGAUGACACAGUCAGAUGCACAGGAUAAUGCUGACUACAGAUUAUUUCAGAAAACACUCAAAUUGUGUCGUUUUUUUGCCAACUCCCUUUUGCACUACGCUAAGGAAUUUCUUCCUUUCCUCUCUGAUUCUUGCUGUACUUUGCACCAACUGUAUCUUCAGAUACACAGCAAGUUUCCUCCAAGCCUUUAUGCUACCAGGAUUUCUAAAGCACACCAAGAGGAAAUAGCAGGUGCUUUCCUAGUGACACUGGAUCCACUUAUCAGUCAGCUGCUCACAUUUCAGCCUUUCGUGCAGGUGGUUUUGGACAGUAAAUUAGACCUGCCAUGUGAACUACAGUUUCCACAAUGUCUUCUUCUGGUUGUUGUCAUGGAUAAGCUGCCAUCUCAGCCUAAGGAAGUGCAAACCCUGUGGUGCACAGACAGCCAGGUCUCAGAAACUACAACCAGGAUAUCUCUACUCAAAGCCAUUUUCUACAGUUUUGAGCAGUGUUCUGGUGAACUCUCUCUACCUGUUCAUUUACAGGGAUUAAAGAGUAAGGGGAAAGCUGAGGUGGCUGUCACCUUGUAUCAGCAUGUUUGUGUUCAUCUGUGUACAUUUAUUACUUCCUUUCAUCCCUCACUGUUUGCUGAACUGGAUGCUGCUCUGCUGAAUGCUGUACUUAGUGCUAAUAUGAUCACCUCUUUGUUAGCUAUGGAUGCAUGGUGCUUCCUUGCUCGAUAUGGGACUGAUGAACUCUGUGCACACCAUGUCACCAUAGUGGCUCAUCUGAUAAAGUCAUGCCCUGGAGAAUGUUAUCAACUCAUCAACCUAUCAAUACUGUUGAAGCGUCUCUUUUUCUUCAUGGCACCACCCCAUCAGCUGGAGUUUAUCCAGAAAUUUUCCCCAAAAGAAGCAGAAAAUCUGCCUCUGUGGCAACAUAUUUCCUUCCAGGCGUUACCUCCUGAGCUUAGGAAACAAACUGUCCAUGAGGUCACCACAGUAGGCACUGAAGAAUGCAGGAAAUGGCUGAGCAGGAGUCGUACUUUGGGAGAACUAGAAUCUCUGAACACAGUACUGUCUGCUUUGCUUGCAAUAUGUAAUUCUGCUGGUGAAGCUUUGGAUACAGGAAAACAAACUGCAAUUAUGGAAGUUGUGAGUCAGCUUUGGGCUUUUUUAAACAUUAAACAGGUAGCAGAUCAACCUUAUGUUCAACAGACAUUCAGCCUUUUACUUCCACUGUUGGGAUUUUUCAUUCAAACUCUAGAUCCUAAACUGAUACUUCAGGCAGUAACUUUGCAGACCUCACUACUUAAAUUAGAGCUUCCUGACUAUGUUCGUUUGGCAAUGUUGGAUUUUGUAUCUUCUUUAGGAAAACUUUUUAUACCUGAAGCUAUCCAGGACAGAAUUCUGCCCAACCUGUCCUGUAUGUUUGCCUUACUGCUAGCUGACAGGAGUUGGCUGCUAGAACAACAUACCUUGGAGGCGUUUACUCAGUUUGCUGAGGGAACAAAUCAUGAAGAGAUAGUUCCACAGUGUCUCAGUUCUGAAGAAACUAAGAACAAAGUUGUAUCCUUUCUGGAGAAGACUGGGUUUGUAGAUGAAACUGAAGCUGCCAAAGUGGAACGUGUGAAACAGGAAAAAGGUAUUUUCUGGGAACCCUUUGCUAAUGUGACUGUAGAAGAAGCAAAGAGGUCAUCUUUACAGCCUUAUGCAAAAAGAGCUCGUCAGGAGUUCCCCUGGGAAGAAGAGUACAGGUCAGCGCUGCAUACAAUAGCAGGGGCUUUGGAAGCAACUGAGUCACUACUCCAAAAGGGUCCUGCUCCAGCCUGGCUUUUAAUGGAAAUGGAGGCGCUCCAAGAAAGGAUGGAUAAGCUAAAACGUUAUAUACAUACUCUAGGGUGAAACUUAUCACUAGGCAGAACUGGGUUUGAUGCUUUGUCAACUGAAAAUACUUAUGUCUGUACAUUUUCUAACAGAUAUAAAACAAAUUUUGUAAAGUUGAA